AUCAGAGAAAGUCACAUAGUGACUGAAGGUUCGAGAGUUUCGUGCAGAGGCACUUAUCAAACUAAUUAAAUCAACGUUUUCUAUAUAAAACGAAAAAGCAGGACACUAUCGGAAACAGAUAUGACGCAGAUACUAUUUUAUAUAUAGGCAAGAAGACUUUUGAUUAAUAAUAUGACAGAAUUAAGGCAAGAUAAAAAAAAUGAAAGUCGUCUAUAUAUAAGGCAUUCUGCCUAAACUACGUCUUUAAGAUAUGAUUUGUAAGUAAAGGAAACUAUUUCAUAAGGAACUCAAGAGAAGGAUAAAAAGAGCAGAUAGAGAGGAAUAAAGACAAAAAGGAAAGUAAAGAUUGAAUGAAAAGGUGAAUCAAGACUAAAGGUUGGAGUUGAAAAAAAAAGCACUUACCCAGGCAGUGGUCAAGCAAAUAAUGGUCGUUUUGUAUUGAAAGAAUUCUGAAGGGGCUUUAUUUUUAGACUGGGGUCAAACGGUCGAAUCUAUUCAACCAUGUUUUAAGUCUUUAGCAACGUCAAUUACAAAGAACUUGGGACUGGUACUAAAAGAUAGAGAGAAGUAUUGACAGGCAGAAACUGGGUAGGAGCUGUCUUCAAUAAUUCAACUGACCCUACCAUAUGGUUUUAGUGUGGGUUUUACAGUAUUGAAGUGAGCACCAUGGAUUUAUUAGCAGCUAAUGAGGAUGAUUUGAAAGAAGCAGAGAUAAGUGACAGUGAAGAUGUUCAGGGUAUGGAUGAUGACAGAACAAGGAAAAGACUCAUAGACUCAGUUCUUGCUCUUAACCACAAAAAGGCUCGCUACAACCAGAGGACUGUGGUUGGAAAAAAUGUGUCAGAAUUCAACUUUGGAGCAGCAAAUGACCUUAGCAAAGUCCACAUUCAAGACUUGGUGCAAUCUUUGAAAGAUAAAACCAAUAAGAAAAAGCUAGCUAAAACUUUGAAGAAUAUCCAAGGAAAGAAGAAUGUGAUUACAGAACCAUUACUUAAACAUGAAAAAGAGAAGAUUGACCGAGCUACUGCAUUCACUAAAACUUGUGAAGAACUGUCAAUGUGGGACAAUAUAGUUUGGGAUAACCGUAAGAAGGACUUUCUUCAAUUUCCAGAGAAAAAUGAAAGAGUGGAAGUUCUUGAUAAAACCAGUAUGCAGAAAUAUUUUAAGCCUCACAAUUCUCUUGAGCUUGAGGUGUAUAAGCUACUUCAUGGAGAUGAACACAUGCCGACUGAUUGCCAGCCUCUAUCAAGAGUUGAACAACGUGCUUUGAAAGCAAUGGAUCUUAAGAAGGCCCAAAUACGGCGAAGUGAGUUGAUGAAAUAUAAAGCCUUGUUAAAUUACCAAGAAAUUAAGCAGCAAUGGAAAAACAAAAUUAAAAGCAAGCGUUAUCGACGUGUGUUGAAAAGAGAGAAGCUUGAAAAGGAAAAAUCUCGUGUUAAUGAAUUGGCAAAAGAUGAUCCUGAAAAAUUCCUGAACCAAAUGAAAAUCAUUGAAAAAUCUCAUGCUAAAGAACGGAUUUCAUUAAAACAUCGUGGAGGUAGUAAAUUCCAGAAAAGACUGAUGAUGUAUGCCAAAUAUGAUCCUAAUACCCAGCAAAGAAUAAGUGAUAUGAUUAAAAAAAACCGAGAGCUAACAAAGAAACAACCUGUUAUUGAAGAAGAUAAUGACAAUAAUGAUGAUGAAGAUUGCAGAGGGAGUGGUUAUGAAAGUGAUGAAAGCCUUCCAGAAAACACAGAAAGUGUAAGCACAAGAGGCAGUAAUGCAUGGAUGUGCGCCACUCGCAUUACAGUAAAGAAGUUGAAGUCAACAUCUCAGUCAAUACAAAAUGACAACAUGAUUGUUGAGGAACCUAUGGAAGAAAUUCCUAAAUCACUGCGAGAUACUGGCCCCAGAUCUAAAUAUGUCGAACCACCUGUACCAACAAGUGACAUCAGUCUUGAUCCAAAACAGAUCCUUGAUAUGAGCACUCCAAUUGCAACAUCUAUCCAGACAAAUAUGGUUGAGGAGGAAGAUGUGAUGGAAGAGGACAGGGCAAGUGAAUCUAAUGGCAAUGAUGACAAAUUGACGCUAAGUCAGGCAUUUGCCAAUGAUGAUGUCAUUGAAGAGUUUAAGGAGGAAAAAAAAGCAGUAAAGGAAAGAAACAGGCCCAAGGAUAUUGACCUUACUCUUCCUGGUUGGGGAUCCUGGGGUGGAGAUGGAUUGCAAGUCAGUUGGAGGAAGAGAAAACAAUUUAUAAAGAAGGCUCCACUAACAGAACCUCAAAAAGAUGAUCCUCUUGGACAUGUAAUCAUUGACGAAACCAGAGACACUGCUAUACGUAAAUAUCAGGUAAAAGAAUUACCAUUUCCUUAUGUCAAUGCCAAAGACUUUGCUGCGAGUAUAGCAGCUCCUAUUGGUAAAGAGUGGAAUCCUCAAACUGUGGUAAAAGAACUGAUUAAACCGAAAAUUGAGACCAAGCUAGGUACCAUUAUCAAACCUAUUGCUCAUAGUGUUUUGCUUAACCAGACAACGGCAGCAUCGAAAAAUGUGCCAAAACCACCAACACAUCAAAAAAAGCAUAAACAAAGACAUAAGCGUCAGAAGAAGAAAUGAUAUUGUGAUAAUAAAUGUGAUGUUUAUUUAGCUUUAUUUUGUAUAUUAUAAAUUAUUUUCAUUGUUGUUCAAUCCUAGGCCAUAGUUCUUCCAAAUAAAGCCAAUCUGAGGCAG